AUGUUGUCUACACUUACUACUCCACAAACCUCUACUACCAUCUCACCGGAUGAUCCCUCAACUACCAUUACGCAUACUGUUUCAACCUUUAAUGAAUUAUCAACUCACUCUGGAUUUCCAAAUACACCGGUAAACGAACAAAACCAUGCCACUUCAGCAAAUAAUAAUUAUUCUCCUAUUAGUUUUGCUUCGAAUCAAGAAAUUUCUGCAUACAUUAAUAAUAAUUAUUUUUCAGUACCAGAUGUUGAUUAUUCAUUUUCUUUUACAACUUCAAAUCAAAUAAUUUCAAUAAACAAUGUACAAGAGACUAAUGAAUUAUCUCAUGAACAUUACCAAUUUCCUAAUUUUUUACCAUCAGAAACUUGUGAACAUCAUAUCACAAGCGAUUCUAUGUCUUUAAUUUCCCAUGUUGAUUCUUUACAUUUAAAAACUUGUGAAUAUGACUUUAUGAAUGAUUCUCUAUCUCUUUUUGAGACCAAUAUGAUUUGUCCGCAAUUUCCAACUUUACAGUUUGAUCCUUUACCCUUGGAUUCUUUUACGA